UAAGCAACGCGCUUGGCAGUUGGAACAGAUUUUUUGAAACUUUCACUUGUAUAUUUUUUAUUUAUAAUUCUAUCUUCAAUGAAACUUGAAGUUAAAUUGUGAUUUAGUUUAAAAUUUGCAAUUAUAAAUAAUAAGUGCGUAACGCAACUUCCGUUUUUUGUGAUCUUUUUUCAUUAAUUAGUUCUAAAAAAUGGAAGUUGAUUCGAUUAUUGAACAGUCAAACAAAUUUAGUGAAAAUAUCGUGCAAAAUAUUUUAAAUGAAACACAGGAUGUGGAAAUUAGAAGUUCAGAAUCUCCAGAAUCAGAAUUACUUUCAAGACUGUGCCCCUACAUCUCUACAAAUAUGUCAGAAAUAACAGAUAAUCUUAUUCUGACAUCUGCAAGUAACGUUAACCCUCAAGUCCUCGAAACCUGCGGUAUUUCUUGUAUAAUAUCCUGUGCUCCAGAACUUCCAGAUCCACCUCUUAAUAAUAACGUCAUAUAUUAUAAAGUAGAUGUUGUAGACUCCGGAUGUUCUAGGAUAUUUUCAUAUUUUGACAAGGCUGCAAAUCUCAUACAACAAGUUUCAAAUUUAGGAGGCAAAUCCUUGAUCUACUGCGUGGCAGGGGUCAGUCGUUCCGCCAGUAUUUGCAUAGCUCACUUGAUGAAAUAUCAUCGUCUAAGUCUACUAGAUGCAUACAACUACAUUAAACUUCGACGGUCUAGGAUAAAACCAAAUUGUGGCUUCUUCAAGCAACUCAUAGAGUACGAGAAACAACUUUUUGGCUGCAACACAGUUCAAAUGGUUUUCAAUGAAGUUGUCCAGAUGGAGAUACCAGAUGUUUAUGAUAAAGACUACAGGCCUAUUACUAGUUUUGUUAAGAAAAUUAAGAAUAGGAGAUAUUAGACAAUAGGUGUAUAAAGAAAAAUGUGAUUUUAGAGA